AAUGAAAAUAAUGUUGGCUCUGGUCGCAGAAUUUCCCUACUAGCUAGCCUACUAUAUUUUCAUAUUCCACGUUCCACAGUAUCGCUUGAAUCCUGGUGGCUACGGAUUAACGUUAUACCACAAUGUUGGCGGUAAAGAGAGCACUGCAGUUUGGUCUGAGGAUAUCUUCGACUGUGUCAAGACGUGGCUGCGCAGGUUCUGCUGUUCCGGUUGAUGAUGUUGUGAACGGCUUGACGGACGAGCAGAUCCAGCUGAGGCAAACAAUCCAAAGGUUCUGUCAGGAGCAACUGGCGCCUUUUGCAGAUGAGAUUGACAAGAGCAAUGAGUUCAAAGGGAUGCGGGAAUUCUGGAGAAAGAUGGGUGAUCUUGGAGUACUUGGGAUCACUGCUCCAUUGGAGCUGGGUGGCUCGGGAUUGGGCUAUCUGGAUCACGUGAUUGUGAUGGAGGAGAUGUCGAGAAUAUCAGCAGCUGUGUCACUUAGCUAUGGGGCACACUCCAAUCUCUGCAUCAACCAGCUGGUGCGCCAUGGCAACGAAGCACAAAAGGAAAAAUACUUGCCCAAGCUGAUAACAGGGGAGCACGUUGGGGCCUUGGCUAUGAGUGAGCCCAAUGCUGGCUCCGAUGUGGUUUCCAUGAAGCUGAAGGCCAAAAAGGAAGACAACCACUAUGUUCUCACCGGAAACAAGUUUUGGAUCACCAAUGGGCCAGACGCUGAUGUGCUAGUCGUAUACGCAAAGACUGAACCUGAGGCUGUGGCUCGUGGCAUCACUGCCUUCAUUGUGGAGAAGGGCAUGCCAGGGUUCAGCACUGCCCAGAAGCUAGACAAGCUUGGGAUGCGAGGAUCCAACACCUGUGAGCUCAUCUUCGAGGACUGCAAAGUUCCAAAAUUGUGUUUCCCAGAGGAAAACGUCCUGGGCCAACUGAACAAAGGCGUGUAUGUACUGAUGAGCGGCCUGGAUCUGGAGAGACUGGUGCUUUCAGCAGGUCCUUUGGGCAUCAUGCAGGCAGUACUGGAUUACGCAAUCCCUUACAUGCAUGUCCGAGAAGCAUUUGGACAGAGGAUCGGCCACUUCCAGCUUCUACAAGGCAAGAUGGCAGAUAUGUACACACGGUUGAGUGCGUGCCGGCAGUAUGUGUACAACGUAGCUCGCGCCUGUGAUAAGGGCCACUUCAGUGCCAUGGACUGUGCUGGAGUCAUUCUUUACUGUGCAGAAAAUGCCACACAGGUUGCUCUGGAUGGAAUUCAGUGUCUUGGGGGUAACGGAUACAUCAACGACUACCCCAUGGGUCGAUUCUUGCGGGAUGCCAAGCUGUAUGAGAUUGGAGCAGGCACCAGCGAGGUGCGCAGGCUGGUCAUCGGCCGUGCUUUCAACGCCAUGUACAAGUAAAGCAGCUCAGGUGGGCUCAGGCCACGCUGCCACCACCAAGCUGUGCUGUUGCUCCCAGGAGAAGAGGCCUUUCAAAUUCAACUGCUUGUGAAACACAUUUCAAAAGCAGGAAACUUUUGCUGACACUAAAAAUGUUUGGUUAUUUUCUAUAGACCCAGAACUAGGCCAUCCAAGGACUAAAACAGCAGUCCGUAGCGUAGUGGUUAAGGUAUAUGACUGGGACCCACAGGGUCGGUGGCUCGAUCCCUGGUGUUGCCAUGAUAAGAUCCGCACAGCUGCUCUUGAGCAAAGCCCACAUUGUUCCAGGGGGAUUGUCACCUGUUUAGUCUAAUGAACUAAGUCGCUUUAGAUAAAAGCAUCAGCUGAAUAACAUGUUAAUGUAUUGAAAAACUGUUAGACUUCAAAGUAAUCAUAUGCAAGGCCACUAGGCCUGUACAGAGUUGUUACUUAAACUGUUCCCAAAAUGGCUUGAUUAUUAUGGCUAUACCAGUGCCCAAAAGCAUGAAAUCUCAUUGGUGGAGGGAAACAUGUGUAUGCAAGUGUUGCUGAACAGUGUUUUUUGAGAAAGAUCUUCCCUUAGGGGCAGCGCCAAUCACAAAAAAAUAUACAUUCUGUAUGUAUUAAGACGACUGGCUUACAAAAGAUUAUUUGUUAGUUUAAUUCUUGAUUUAAUUUAAUCUUCUAAACCCAUUUGAAUAUUAGCUCUUGUAAAACAUCCUGCUGUGUGCUGUGUUAAAUAUUGUUAUGAACUCAAUUUCAUUGGGCAGCCCUCGGAAAAACAACAUAUUUACUCAACUGAAUAUUUGGAAAAAGAAUACUGUCAUUUUCAAAUAAAUGCCUUUUAUUUGUGGUAAUUUGGCACUUCAGUAGAACAUGUAUCUGCUGUGCUGUGAACAUUUGUGUUAUAAACCUCUAGACCCAUUUGGGUUAGUUGUUUUGAAUCACACCCUUGAAGCUGCUGUUUCUGCAUCUAUGUUUGUAUAAAAUAAAUAACAAAAAUAUAAGGCUCUGAA